GCAAUUUCUCUUUGUAACAAUUAUCGUAACGAUGACCUUAGUUUUGGUUAACAAGAGAGUCACUAAAUACUAUAGUUUGUAGCUAUAUCCUCUCCAGUUUUUAACUGAUUUACUCUAUGGAAAAUUUUGAUUCUGUACUGUAUGUCCACGUUUAGGUUCAUACGUAUACCUGUUCACCUGUUGGUUUCGAUCUACUCCUCCCCUCGUUUUCAGUAACAUUCAUUAUAUAUCUCACUCCAAUCCCUUUACCUCAUCACUAUUUCCUGUUCUUAAAGCUAGUUAUCGCUUGAGUCUUUCACUUUUCUUUGCAUAAAAAAGAAAAAGCUUGAGUGGAUUUUUGAGGAGGACAUGCUGGCAAUGGAAGAGGUACUGUGUGAACUCAGUGAUCAUGAAAAGAGAAACGAGCAAGGUCUGCCACCGGGUUUCAGGUUUCACCCCACUGAUGAAGAACUUAUAACCUUUUACCUCGCUUCAAAAGUCUUUAAUGGCUGCUUCACCACCGUCAAGUUUGCCGAGGUUGAUCUCAAUAGAUGCGAGCCUUGGGAACUUCCAGAUGUGGCGAAGAUGGGGGAGAGAGAGUGGUAUAUGUUCAGCUUGAGGGACAGAAAAUACCCGACUGGACUGAGAACAAACAGGGCGACAGGAGCUGGGUACUGGAAAGCAACUGGGAAGGACAAGGAAGUGUUCAGUGCAUCAAGUGGAACCCUACUUGGGAUGAAGAAGACACUUGUUUUUUACAAAGGAAGGGCCCCUCGUGGAGAAAAGACCAAAUGGGUCAUGCAUGAGUACCGUUUGGACGGUGACUUUUCCCUUCCUCACCCUCACCCUCAUCACAUCUCAAAGGAGGAGUGGGUGAUAUGCAGGAUAUUUCAUAAAUCCGGGGAAAAGAGGACUUCAUUGCUUCAAAACCAAGGACAAGGACAUUCAGAUGCUUCUUCUUCCCCAACAAAAACUUCUUUACCUCCUUUACUUCCCAGCUCAACUUCCUUUCCAUUGGAACUAGAAGACCAAAAUCACCUCUCUCAUUCUCACCCUUAUCUUUUCCCAUUCCAUGCAUCACCGCAACUCACGAACACCAGAAACCAUCCAUCAUUUUCUGACCUAUUCUUCAAGCCCCCGCCCCUCUCACAACAACAAAACUGCACCCUCAAGGCCAAGGAAAAAACAGCUCCAAAAGUAAUCAAAACGGAGGAGGCUACAGCAUUGUAUCAGUACCAUUUACUAGGUGACACUGACAACCUGCGGUUAAACCAAAACCUAAGUAAUUUCCCAAACCCUUUCGCUGAUGUUGAGGUGGAUGGUGCUGAGCUGAUGGCAUUCGCAGGAGGUCCAAAUGGUGAAGUUGGGGACAUGUCCCAUUCGACAGCCUUCAAAAGGGUAGGGUUGCAGCAGCUCAUAGAUGCUGCUCAUAUCGGAAUAGAUUCUUGGCCCCUGGCCCAGCAUGUUUAAAAUGUCUCUGUAAUAUAUAUUUAUUCACAAAUAUUUACUGCUCUAUAUACAGACGCCUGAGAUCCGCUGCUACCUUAUGUAUUUUCGUAACAUAUAUUAAUUAAAUGACUGCUUGUAUUGGAUGCAUGCCUAUGUCAAGCUAGAUCUUCUACUAGAUUUGUUACGUUCCGUGACUACAACCUCAGACACGGACAAGAUGGAUCUGUAACACAUUCUCGGACCUCUCAUCCACCAUUCCUUGUGUCAUUUUGAAGGAAUCUAGCUUCGUGAUGUUCAGGCUAACCAUAAAUCUAAUGUGCGCAUUAAAGGAUAUACUCAAUCAGCCUAUGUGUUCGUUUAUAAGCAUGUCGUCACUAAAUUCAAUGAAGGCAAUAGAAGAAGGAACAGCAAUGAUGGCAGUAGCCCAGUGGCAGUGAGAGGGUGUCUACUCAGCAAUCAUGAUCAAUUUCACUGUUUCUUCUUUUCAGUACUCCCAAUAUUUAUAUACAUUUCCUUUUCUUUCCUUGUAGCAGUUCUAGUUUCCACAUCGUAAAUGGCAUAGCAGAUCUGAGUUCU